UGUCUAAGCAAACAAAACACACACACACACACACUAGUUAUAUUUUUUUCCUAUGGAGUUGCCAAGAAUUCUUUCUCAGGUAAUCUUCGUCCUUGCCGCCACGAUUUUACUGGGAUCGGAUAAAGUCGACGGCCGGCGGCAUUCCCACCGCGAAUGGGACUACUUCGAGUACUGCGCGAUAAGCUGUAGGGCCCACACUGCGUCGCUCGCGGAUUUCGGCGGCGUGGGAGAUGGAACAACGUCGAAUACUAGAGCUUUUCAGACGGCCGUCGAUCAUCUCAGUCAGUUCGAAUCGGACGGUGGAUCGAUGCUCUUCGUUCCUCCUGGGAAAUGGUUGACUGGAAGCUUUAAUCUCACCAGCCAUUUCACUCUCUUUCUCCAUCAAGAUGCUGUUCUUCUUGCUUCUCAGGAUGAAAACGAAUGGGCCGUAAUCGAACCACUGCCAUCGUACGGUCGAGGAAGGGAUACAGAAGGUGGACGAUACAUUAGUCUCAUCUUCGGCACCAACCUCACUGAUGUCAUUAUUACAGGGGAUAAUGGCACUAUUGAUGGGCAAGGUGAAACAUGGUGGAACAAAUUUCACAAGGGAGAAUUAAGUUACACUAGACCUUAUUUAAUUGAAAUAAUGUACUCUGAAAAUGUACAAAUAUCAAAUUUGACACUUGUUAACUCACCUUCAUGGAAUGUUCAUCCUGUCUAUUGCAGUAAUGUGAUCGUGCAAGGCCUCACGAUUCUGGCUCCCGUGACAUCUCCGAACACUGACGGUAUCAAUCCAGAUUCAUGUACAAACACGAGAAUCGAGGACUGCUACAUAGUCUCGGGCGACGACUGCAUCGCCGUGAAAAGCGGUUGGGACCAGUACGGUAUUUCGUUCGCGAUGCCAACUAAGCGCCUAGUCAUCCGACGCCUCACCUGCAUCUCUCCAUUCUCCGCCGUUAUAGCCUUAGGUAGCGAAAUGUCCGGUGGAAUCGAGGACGUUCGAGCCGAAGAAAUCCUGGCCAUCGAUUCGGAAUCCGGAAUCAGGAUCAAGACAGCUGUCGGGCGAGGCGGGUACGUGAAAGACAUUUACGUCAGAGGCAUGACAAUGAAGACCAUGAAGUGGGCUUUCUGGAUGACGGGUAAUUACGGGUCCCACCCGGACAAUAACUACGACCCGAACGCACUCCCUUUAAUCUCGAACAUCAAUUAUCGAGACAUGGUGGCGGAGAAUGUGACCAUGGCGGCUAAAUUGGAGGGAAUCUCGGGGGAUCCCUUCACGGGGAUUUGUAUAUCGAACGUGACGAUUGAAUUGGCGAAGAAACCGAAGAAGGUGAUUUGGAAUUGUACGGAUGUUGAAGGCGUCUCGAGUGGGGUGGUUCCUCUCCCGUGCAGCCAGCUUCCGGAAGUUUCUGCGGAGUGCAAUUUUCCGGCGGAGAGCUUGCCGAUAGAUAAUGUCGAAAUUCAGACAUGUUCUUAUUACAGAAGGAAGUAUUCUUCUUCAGACAAUGAUCAUGUGCUGAAACAUUUGUAACUUGAAAUGGCAUUAUAAGGGGGGCUUUGGUAAUAUUAAUAA